AUGGUUCAGGAGGCCGGGGUACAACGCAUGUUCUCUCCAGCUAGAUACUGGGCCGAUGGAUUUUCCAGGAGGAUGCAGGGCCUUCAGUGCCCCACCCCCAAUCUGUCACCACCGGGUGAUGCCUAUCUUUGUCCAACCUUCGUCAUCAUGGACCCGGAUGAGAGAGACCUGGAGGAAGGCAUAGGAAGCCCCUCCGUAGGCUCGGACAUCUCCCACCCAUCACACUGGCCACCAGAGAGAACUGGCUCUGGGGACUGCCGUGCCACAGAUGAUGCUCGCUUUAGACUUAUUCUUGCUUCCCUGCGCUGUUCUUUCCUGUGGGUCACAGUGACAUCAGUGAGCUUCGUUGGCAUGCAGCCUGCUCUGGACACUCUGAAAAAUCAGUUGGUGUCUGACAAGGCCGCUGAUAAGCCAGAUACCCUGUGGCUAGAGGAUGUUGAGGAUGAACUGAUAAAGGAAGACAUUGUCCUGUCCCCACCUCCAUCAAUGCUCAAGCUGCAAACUGUGUCAAAGCCAAUUGACCUCCCGUUGGCGAAGGAGGUGAAGACCCUUCUGUUCGGCUCUACCUUUUGCUGCUUCAGUGAAGAAUGGAAACUUCAGAACUUUUCUUUCAGUGACACCGCCUCAUUAAAAUACGGCAUCGUGCAGAACAAGGGUGGUCCCUGUGGUGUUCUGGCAGCUGUCCAAGGCUGUGUGCUGCAGAAACUCCUGUUUGAAGGAGGUAGCAGAACCAACUCUAAUCUCCGACUGCAGCCCUCAGAUGCCCAGAGAACCCACUGCCUUGCCAUGGCCAUUGCAGACAUCCUAUGGCGCGCUGGAGGCAGAGAGAAAGCCGUGGUUGCACUGGCUUCAGGAACAGCACACUUCAGCCCAACAGGGAAAUACAAAGUGGAUGGAGUCUUAGAAACACUCACACUGUAUAGUUUGACCUGCUCUGAGGACCUGGUGGCUUUCCUGCAGCAGAGCGUUCAUCAGUUUGAAGUGGGACCCUAUGGUUGCAUCCUGCUCACCUUGUCUGCCAUCCUGUCCAGGUCCUUGGAGCUUGUCCGCCAGGACUUCGACGUCCCCACCAGCCAUCUGAUUGGAGCUCACGGAUACUGCACACAGGAACUUGUCAAUCUUCUCCUGACCGGGAGAGCUGUGUCCAAUGUUUUCAAUGAUGUAGUGGAAUUAGACUCCGGCGAUGGGAACAUCACGCUCCUCCGAGGCAUUGAGGCACGCAGCGACAUCGGUUUCUUGUCUCUCUUUGAACACUACAAUGUGUGCCAGGUGGGCUGCUUCCUGAAGACUCCGAGGUUCCCCAUUUGGGUGGUGUGCAGCGAGAGCCACUUCAGCAUCCUCUUCAGCCUACAGCCAGAGCUCUUGUCUGACUGGAGGGUGGAACGACUCUUUGACCUGUAUUACUAUGAUGGUUUGGCCAACCAGCAGGAGGAGAUUAGGCUGACUGUUGAUACCACCAAGACCACCCCAGAGGACAGCAGCAGUGACCUUGUCCCUCCCCUUGAGCUCUGUAUCAGAACCAAAUGGAAGGGGGCAUCGGUGAACUGGAAUGGCUCAGACCCCAUCCUGUGACCUUCGGAUACAUCACGCUCCAUGGCUUCAGCUCUCAUCCCUGGGAUGACCCCUGGACCCCGGAUCUUAGGGUCUAGUCUCUUAGAGGAGUCCUCCUGCCUGAGUUACAUGGCCACAGAGGCAAGCGGAACAACCUUCAGCUUAUUCCAUGAAGGGCCAUGGUAGGGCCCAGUACACUGCUGAGGUUCUCUCCCAAUACAACUGUGACAGCCAAAGACGGGAAAGCCAUCAAAGACUCUGCCUUUAGUCUGCAUUCCUCCUGGAUAGCCCUCUCUCCAAGGCCUCUGGUGUGGCUGGCCUUGGGGACAGUGGACACUUGUUGCUACAGCUUCCAUAAAGCAAAAGUCAAGCCUUUGA